CAAAGGUCAUCAUCAGGAUGGAGCUGAUUGGGUUGUUUCCCCCUUGACCACGCUUGGACAUCGGCUUCAAUACAUUGUCUGAUGCGGCAUUCCGCCUACAUAAGCGGGUCCACUUGAAAUUGAUUAACCUUUCGCCGCUCCCUCUUCCACUCAUGGCUUCGACCCUUCCACGCCUCGACAGGAAUGCGCUUGUUGGUAUCUGGAUAGAGACAUGUCUAUGGGGUAUGAUCGCUAUCAUAUUCAUAGGCGCAAUGUUUGUUCUUGUACGGAAGCACAAUUCUCCGAGGCUAUUAGCCACCACAUCGACUGCCCUAUUCCUAUUUGCUACUACCCAUGUAUCUCUGUCUCUGAGAGAACUAUUGGAGGCCUUCAUUGACGUCCCUCAACCCGGCGACUCCACCUACACCAUACUUUAUUGGGCCGACAAUGCACGCGGAACUGCUGUUGCGAAAACGAUUCUAUAUGAUACAAGUGUCUUCCUUCAGGAUCUGAUCCUGAUCUGGCGUCUAUAUGUGGUUUGGGGAUACAACUGGAAAAUUGCAGUACUCCCAAUUAUCGUCGAGCUUGCACAUAUGGGAACUGCAUACGCCGCCACCGGUUUGCUUGCUCAACCGAAUGCAAAUAUCGACUCUCCCAGAAUCAAACAUAUAGGGCCUGUCGGCUGGUCUUUGGAUCUUGCCGUGAAUGUCUGCGUAACGGCGGCAAUUGCCUUUCGGCUAUGGUAUAUGGGGCGUCAACUUGGCAGCUCCCAUUCAAACAGAUAUCUGUCGACGAUCUUGACUAUUGUCGAAUCGGGGGCUAUUUUUGCCGCUGUGACUUUGGUUAUGCUCAUCUUAUACGUACGUGGAAGUGAGCUCGCCUUGAAUGGUAUCGACAUUUCUACCCAACUGGCUGUUAUGACACCACUUCUCAUCAUUGCGCGGGUUGGCCUCGGGAUGAUUCAUGGUGUUUCGAAGAAUCUCUCCUUUGCCUAUCCUCUGUCCCGUGUGUCAAAAUCAUCUGGAGGAGAUGCAAGCUUCAAUAGACACAACAUUCGUUCUAAGAAGAUGAAUUCGGGCGGGGGAAUUUCUGACACCCUUAUCAUUUCCACGGAGCAGGAAAUGGUUUUCGCUGAACACAGACGCAGCGCUGACUCGGCACCUGCAUACAAAUUGUCCAGCGAAGUUUAAAUGAUGAUGUAACUCACGCUUUGGAUACUGUUGUACUAUUCAUGACUUUGUAUAUUGGGUUGGAUGACUAUUUUAUAAGGUACUAAUUAUUAAAAUCUGAGCUACCCUCUAGCGAGGCUGGGUCAC